AUGCCAUCGAAACACACAGCUGCUGCGGCCGCAGCGGUGCUGCUCUCCAUUGGGGGAGCAGCCGCGAACCGACCCGACAGUACCAGGAACGCGGCCUUUGGCAACGGAACGAACGGCCUGGCCCAGCAGAGAUUCCGAUCGAGCGACGUUGUCGCCCCCGUGCUGCAAGUGACCUCGUGGGACAAGAGCCAGACGGACGACUCCUCUUACAUCUUCAUCGGCGCCUCCUCGCACGACAAGACCAAGGCCGCGCCGAUGAUCCUCAGCGGCAAGGACCUGAGCCUCGUGUACGCCGACCAGCAAUACGGCGAGGUGUACGCUUCCUCGGUGCAGACAUUCAACGGCAGCAAAUACCUGACCUUUUGGGAGGCCUCGGGUGGUGCGGGUGGCAACCGCAGCGGCGACGGCCACUGGCUCAUGUACGACAGCAAGUACGAGCUCAAGUACAACUUCACCGCCAAGGGCUCGCGGGACCUCCGGGACGAUGUGCCGGACAUGCGGGUGACGCGGGACGACACGGUCCUGCUGGCCACCUACGAGACGGUGAGCUGGGACUGCUCGGCGGUCGGCGGCCCGGCGGAUGCACCGCUCCAGGACAGCGGCUUCCAGGAGAUUGAUCCCGCCACGAACGAGGUGCUCUUCGCGUGGAGCGCUCGCGAGCACUUUAACCUCGGCGACUCCUUCGCCACGUACGACACGGACUUUGGCGUGGGCUCCCCUGCAGGGUUUGACUUUUUCCACCUGACCUCUGUCGAAAAGUCGGAGGACGGAAACUACCUGGUUUCCAGCAGCCACCUGUCCGCCCUCGCCAUGAUUGACGGCCGGGAUGGGCACGUCGUCUGGACCCUGGGCGGCAAGAACAGUGACUUCAAGGACAUGCACGGCGGCAACGCGACGGCUUUUGCCUGGCAGCACGACGCCCAGCUGGUCGGCGGCGACGAGGUCGUGCUGUUUGACAACCACGGGCGGUCGUCGACGGGGCGCCCCGCCGCCUCAAGAGGUCUGCGGCUGCGGCUCGAUCUGGAGCAGAAGACGGUCGAGCUCGUCAAGGAGUUCCACCGCCCCGAGGGCGGCGUCAGGUCAGGUAGCGGCGGUGGCGUGCAGCUGCUCAAGGAGGGCCACGCCAUGGUCGCGUGGGGGGGGUCCGACGGCAGCCCAGCAGCCGCCUUUGUCGAGUAUAACAAGGCCGGGCAGCCCGUCAUGGACGUCCGACUCGGCUCCGACGACGACGCCAGCAUCACGACGCACGACGCGACGUACCGCGUCAGCCGCCACCGAUGGCAGGGCGAGCCGACCUGGCCGCCCAGCGUCGCCGUCGACGCGCCCUCCGGAAGCACCGCCGGCGCCACCGUGUACGUCUCCUGGAACGGCGCCACCGACGUCUCCCACUGGGCCAUUCUCGCCUCGGACACCCCCGACACGGUCAGCCACUACAAGAACGUCAUCGCGCGGGCGAACCGCACCGGCUUCGAGACGCAAAUCACCCUCGACAACGGCGAAGGCGGGGUCUCGCGGCGUUACAUUGGCGCGGCGGCGCUGUCGGCGGCGGGCGAUGUCAUGGGCGCGUCGUUUGUGUACGACAUGCGCACGGGCAGGGCGGUGAUGCAGGCGAGCGGCAUCACGACGGUCAACCCGCCGGUCAAGGCGACGGCGGCGGCUGGCGCGAUGGGCGGCUCCAUAUUUGGCGUCUCGAUGCUGUUUUACAUUGUCAACUACUUUUGGCGGCGAAAGGGCGGCGGCUCCUCGGCGGCGCAGGCGGCAGCGGAUCACGGCGCCUACGAAAAGGUCGGCAGCGCGGUUUGA